CUUCGAUAAAACACACUGCUAACGGGAGAAUAUAUAAUGUUGAUCAAAUAUUUGUAUGUUUUGUGCAUUGUAUCUGUGGCUGGUCUGAAAGUUUCGUUCGAAAACUUUGUGCAACACAGUGGAUUUGAAAUAGGAUCAUUCGAUCUACGUGUACGAAAGUUCAACCGUAGCACUACGUCAUUGAACGGAUCGGUCAUCCUACACACAUGGAUAGACAACAGCAUCAUGUUUACAUUAGAUUUAUUUCACAGUCGGCUCGGAAAUCAGCAGUUUAACCACUAUCCAAUGAAGCUGCCAUCGUGUGGUACGUGCGACUUUCUAGACAACUUGCAAAAAGGCUAUGGGGAAUAUCUAGAAGGGUGUUCCAAUUUACCCGAGAUCGGCGAGUGCCCCUUUUCGCCACGAAUCAUCGACAUACGCGAUAAGGCUUUCCCAAAGGAAGUAAUACCACCGGUAAUGCCAAGAGGACUUUGGAAAGCGUUGAUAACUGGGAAAAUAAAUGGACAGGAAGUAAUAUCUUAUCACAUACUCGUGAAAGGGUACGAUGAUUUCUAGCCACCCUUUACCUUAUGUUGAUAUACACAUUCUUAAAAAUAUAUUAUAAUCAUUCAAAAUGUGAAGUGAUUGUUUUAAAUUUUGAAUAUUUGGAAGGUAUAAGUGUAUUAUGCGUCCCGGAGAACGUGAAGAAUUAUAGCAAUGGCGAAGAUCAGGAAACUUAGCUGGGUUGUAAAUCUUAGCUACCUCGUACUGCAGAUGAUGUCGCACGUUGAGUUAGAUGGUUUGCUGAUCCGGUAAUGGACAUUAUUUAAGGUUUGAAGGAAAACGGUUCA